AUGACAGCACCACCACCAAGCGCCGAUGCGUCGUCGUCAACAGUUACGCCCGCGCAGUCCCGGCACGCGAUGCCGCCUCCGACCUCCAAAUACUCGCCUCGGUUUGACGGUAAACGUCUCCGAAGCUUCCUCAGCGUUUUCGAACACCUCGCUAAUGCCGCAGCGUUAUCCGAUGCCGAGAAGUGCCGUAUGGUACUAGAAUACUGCACGGAAGAGGUAAGUGUUAUGCUCUCGUGCAUGACUGAAUUUGCAGGGAGCGACUGGGAUAAAGCGAAGGAGCAAAUGGUCUUUUGCUUCGGCGAUGGCACGGUCAAGGAGAGAGGCUCGGCCGACAAAUUACGGGCCUACUGCAGCAAGUACCGUAGGAAGCGCAAGAUAAGGAACGUCGAAGACUACUACAAGUACCUCCACGGGUUCUUGAAGUGUGCCGGCAACCAGGUGGAGUUAGAACGUAUCAAUGUGCACGAGCACGACUUCCUCUUCUUCCACGGGUUAGACUCACGCGUUAGGAGGGCCAUCGUGCCGAAGUUAGAGGAGCUCAUGGGUAAGACACCCACCCACGCGAACCCGGCAUCAUUCAAGAUAUGCGCCGAGGAAGUCCGCAAGUAUUUCACAGAGAACGAUUACCGACGAGACGCUGAUUCAUCUAGCUCCGAAUCGGAGGAUAGCAACACGGACUCGGAAUCAGACGACGAGUCGGACAGCGAUACUGACUCAUCUGACAGCGAUAGCGAGGACGACAAGAAGAAGAAGAGGAAGAAAAAGAAGAAGAAGACGGACAAGAAAGCGGACAAGAAGAAGAGCAAGCGUAAGGGUAAGCAUUCAAAAGGGAAGGACGAUGUGGAUGACCUAGUCGACCGACUGGAGAAACUGCUUGCCGCUCGACUAACACCGGCGCCGGCGGGCUCAUCGUCUCAGGCCUCAGCGUGCGCGACUCAUCACGGGCAGCCAGCGCGUUGCUGCUACAUGUGCGCGAAGGAGGAGGGUAAGGAUCUGGACCAUCGGCUUGGUAUGGGGCAUUGUAGCUUCACCAAGAAGUGGCUCGCAGACGGUACGAUCAUGUAUAGCCCGCAGGGCCGACUAACGUACGCAGACGGCUCCGACCUGCCGAACGGGAGAGGCGUCCCCGGCGGAAUAUCGACGUUGAUCCAGCAGCGGAUCGAUCAAUUGAAGGGGAAGGCUCGCGACGCGCCGCCGCACCUGUCGUGCAGCGCGAUUGAAGUAAUGCGCGACGAUCAGCCGGUGUUCAGCGGUGACGUUUACGCCAUCUCGUCCGAAGACGUUUACUCCUUUCCAGUUACCAGGUCGCAGGCUAAAUCUCAAGAUCAAGUGGCAACAACGCCAAGCGCACUCAGGAAGGUUCGGUUCGAUGUCACGCAUUCGAACACUGAUGGGCCAAGGGGCGGGACGACUCCUAAGUCACCCCCUCCCGUCCAAGUUCGGCAGCCGGCAGAGCCUACCCAGUUCACGAAAGACAAGGUAAAAGCGGCAGAGGCCGCAGGGCCCGAACCGCCGAAAGUCAAUACGGAGCAAGGGUGGCGAGAACGCGAAGCACAGAAGAAGCAGGACCGACGAGAGAGCACAGGCGAUCCGACAGGACGUGCACGGCCUGAACGAACGAACAUACGGUUCACGUCGGAUAUCCAGGACAUGGUUUCAGUAGACCAGGUUAUGGAUAAGACACUCAACACGAUGAUGUCUAUACCGUUGAAGACGCUAAUUGCUAUGUCCCCAGAGAUGCAGAAGAGAUUCUCGGCCAUAACGAAGACCCGCCGGGAGGUUCAUGCGACCAUAGCAGAGGUGGGCAUGGAGGCUGACGAGAGUGCAGACGUCCAGGAAGAACUACAAGGGGAAGCAUCGGUUACGGUACGAGACGAAGAGCACCUGGAGAAGAUAAUCGACAGCUACGCGGCCGCAAUCGCACUCGGCGGUCACCGACGUUUCGUAGCCAUGGCAUGCGGGCUGGUCCAAGGGAGAUUCGGCAACGAACCGGUAACGUACCUUAUCGAUUCUGGCUCGGAAUUGAACCUGAUCGCUCAGCGCGUGUACGAGCGAGCGGGGGUGGAGAUCGACAAGGAUGGGUCCAGGUGGACGUUGAGGGGAAUCCACGGCGCGCCAGUGUCUCUGGUGGGGUGCUGCCGCGAUGCGUCGGUUGAGAUCAACGGCAUGCGGUUUGAUCAUCAUUUUUUCGUGCACCCUGAGGAGUUGGGGAGGCACGACGGGAUUCUUGGGCAGCCGUGGCUGCAGUGGUUUUCAUCGAGGCUCGAGUACGCACGCAAUGGCGGGCAGGAGCUUGUGGUGUUCCCUAGCGGAGACCCUAAUAGCGACCCGAUGCGUAUCAGGAUAGUUGGGAUGGCUGACCGUCGCAAUGUGGACAAGUUGGUUCACUCGGCGGAUGGCGAGGCGGGUUUUUAG